GCGGUUUCCAGGGUAACGGGAGCGGGGUCGGUGCCGGUGCCGGGGCCGCGCCGGUCCCGUCGCUCCCCAUGGCCUGUCACGAUGCCAUUUCAUGGUACCAGAAGAAGAUCGGGGCCUACGACCAGCAGAUAUGGGAGAAGGCCGUGGAGCAGACCCAGAUGAAGGUACCGGCGGCGGGGGGACGGGGGGCGGGUCCCGCAUCUCUCGCCGCUAACUCGGCCGUGUGUUCCGCCCCGCAGGGCUUCAAGAACAAGCCGAAGAAAAAGGGGCACAUCCAGCCCGAUCUGAUCGACGUGGAUCUGAUCAGCGGCUCUACCUUUGCCAAAGCCAAGCCUGAAAUUCCCUGGACAUCACUGACACGGAAGGGAAUUGUGAGAGUGGUGUUUUUCCCCUUGUUCAGCCAGUGGUGGAUACAGGUCACUUCCCAGCGCAUUUUUAUGUGGCUCUUGGUGCUCUACGUUAUGCAAGUCGUAGCAGUGGUGCUGUACUUCCUGGUGCCUGUUGUGAGUGCCAGUGAGGUGAUGGGACCCCUGUGCCUUAUGCUGCUGCUGGGGACAGUUCACUGCCAGAUCGUGUCCACGCAGGUGAACAGAGCUGCAGGGAGCAACGGGCUCAGCCGGCGCCGCAGGAAGUUACGCAAGGCUGUGGGUGUGGAUGGGAACAGUUGGUGUUCUCCUGACAGAACCAGCAAGGAAGAGCAGUCUGGCUCUGCAACUCUGCUGACCAAUUUAUCCAGUCUGCUCUUCCAGAGGAGGAAUAGAAGAGUAAAGCUGGUAGCUGAGAAAGGGACUGAGACAGAAAGUGGUGUGAGUGCUAUGGGUGAUGGCAUCAAGGCCAGACAGGCCAGAUCUGAUCACAGGCUGCUGCACUCCAAAGAGAAAAGUAAACUUUCUGAUGGGGAGAAGAGCCAUCAGGAGGAUGGCACCAACAGGGACGGUGCCUCUGACGAGCUGUCGAGCGAGGAGGAUGCUGAGGAGGCUGAGGCCCUGGCACAGAGGCUCCUGCCACGCCCCAGCAUGGAAGGGGCUUCCAGUGACAACAGCUACGAGGAGAAGAAGAAGAGGCCUCUGGUUUCUCUCAACCAGGCUGUCUCACAGGUCAAGCAAGCCCUGAAAGCUGCCAGAGACUCUGACAGUGUUGUGGAGUCUGAGCUGGAAUCCACAUUAUACAGGCAGGACCCCCGGUCGUGCCUGAGCGUGGCGCCCCGGAGCUGCGGCGGGAGCCGGCGGGACUCGGAGAGCACCCGGCAGGACUCGGAGACCGAGGACAUGCUGUGGGACGAUCUCCUGCACGGCCCCGAGUGCCGCUCCUCGGGCACCAGCGACAGCGAGGAGCGCUCCCGCAGGGACUCCCGCAGGGACCCCAAGGAGGAUGUCUUCCAGCAGAACCAUCUGUUUUGGCUGCAGAACACCAGCCCAGCGUCUGCCAAAGUGAGUGCUCUGAUCUGGGAAGGGAAUGACUGCAAGAAGGUGGACAUGUCCGUGCUGGAGAUCAGUGGGAUUAUCAUGAGCAGGGUUAAUGCCCACCAGCAAGGAGUGGGGUAUCAGAUGUUGGGAAACAUCAUCACCAUUGGAUUGGCCUUCCUGCCAUUCCUCUACAGACUGUUCCGCACGGAUAACCUGGAGCAGCUCUGCUCCAUUUCUGUGAUGGAGCUUCUGCACAUCUUCUGUGGAGCCCCUAUCAGUGCCCCUGUGCUCAUCCUGUCUGCCAUCAACUUUCUGGAAAGGCUGUGCUUAACCUGGAUGUUUUUCUUCAUGAUGUGUGUCGCUGAGAGAACCUACAAACAGAGGUUUUUGUUUGCCAAGCUCUUCAGUCACAUCACAUCUGCUCGGAAAGCCAGGAAAUAUGAAAUCCCUCACUUCAGGCUCAAGAAGGUGGAGAACAUCAAGAUCUGGUUAUCCCUUCGCUCCUACCUGAAGAGACGAGGCCCCCAGAGGUCUGUGGAUGUUGUGGUGUCCUCAGUCUUUUUAUUGGCUCUUUCAAUUGCUUUUAUCUGCUGUGCCCAGGUUCUUAAGGGUCACAAAACCUUUCUGAGUGCAGCUUACAACUGGGAGUUCCUGAUGUGGGAGGCAGCACUGCUCCUCUUCCUGCUACGUCUGGCAUCUCUGGGCUCUGAGACCAACAAGAAGUACAGCAACAUUUCCAUCCUGCUCACUGAGCAGAUAAACUUGUACCUGAAGAUGGAGAAGAAGCCAAACAAGAAGGAGCAGCUGUCUCUGGUGAACAAUGUGCUGAAGCUGUCCACAAAGCUGCUGAAGGAAUUGGAUAGUCCGUUCAGGCUGUAUGGGCUGACCAUGAACCCACUGAUCUACAACAUCACACGGGUUGUCAUCCUCUCUGCUGUCUCAGGAGUGAUCAGUGACCUGCUGGGAUUCAACAUCAGAUUAUGGAAAAUUAAACCAUGAAAUGGCAGAACAUCAGCCCUGGGGAUCUCCACCAGCCACUAGAGAAGAGAACCAGCAGUGUGGGCAGAAGGAAGAAAACUGACAGAAAUCUGUAAUUCCAAUUUUUAAACAGAUUCCCAGUGUGGGCAUCAGAAGUUUUCUUUCUGCUUUACUGCUCUACAACAUCCAGAGUGAACUGGUCUCAUCAGUGAUGUCAUCCCAUGGCAUGCACAGAAAAUCUGGAUUAAUGGGGCCCAAUGCUGGCAGCUGGCACUGAACCAGCAGGAGCUGGUGUGGGACAUCAGACACUAAAGCCAUACAAGAGCUGCAGCUGGGACACACCAGUGGCUGUGCCUGGGGCCACGUGUCUGUAAAACCUGCACCCUGGGCAUGUGGCAAGGUGGGACUCAGCCCUCCUGGCCCAGUCAGCCUUCCUGGGGCUGCACUGGAAUAUUCCAGGUUGAGAAUCCUUUGCUGCACUGACCUGGCUGUGCUGAAGAGCUUUUCUUUCCUGAGAGCUCUGUGUGCUCAAGGCUUUGCCUCCAUCCUGAAGCUCCUCAGGAUGCACCAGGUGAAUUCCCCUUCCCUGCUGCCCAUCCAGCAGCAUUCAAAUCCUGCUGGGGGCUUGAGCUGGGGCUGCUGCAAAGAAAUUAUUGAGGACAGUGGUUACAGGAGAAAAACCUUUCAACACACACUACAGGCAAAGUGUUCAUGAGCUGGAGAAUGUUUUGCCACAUCUCUUCCCUGGAAUACUCAGCUCCAUCCUGUCCUGGCUGUGACAGCAGCUCUGCUCCAUGGUGUGAGCAGCUACUGCAGCCCAGCAGUGCAAUAGAGCCUCACCCUGAACACCUGGGGAGGAAAUCUGGGGGGGAAAAACCAGCUUUGACAAAGACUUCCUCAGGUUCAUGUUUAGAAAGGUCAUGGAGAGCAGGAAAACAUUUGAAGGCUUCUGUAACAUUUCCCUUCACUGGCUCCAAUGGCUUCUGUUUAUUGUAGUGAAAGGAGCAAAAACUGAGGAACUUCUCAUUCCUUCACAGGAGGGUGAAAUGGCAGAAGAAUUUUUGGUAGUAAGUUGUUUACAGCUAUUUUCUGUGCAAGGAAAGGUUGGGAGAUGUAAAAGGAGGUGACAUUUUUAUAUAGCAAAAUGUGCAAAUAAACCUGCAGGACAAGCACUUCAUCAUCA